AUCACCAAUUUCCCUUUUCUUUUUGCUCUUUCAGUUUUUGAUAUUCAAGAAAGUUAAAUAAGCUUAAAGAAGAAUGAAAGGCUUUUGGAACUUAACGAGUACCAUUUCUCUUACUCUUUCUAUACUUUUUUUAUUCGGCUACAGUUAUGGGGACGUGUCUGCGGUUCCAACUACGCACUUGUGUCGUCCGGAUCAAAGGGAUGCACUUCUUCUGUUGAAGAACGAGUUUGAGGUUCUAAACUCUUCCUUUGCUUAUGAUUGUUAUUUUGAUGAUGAUAUAGUAAAGCGUCAUCCGAAAACGGAAUCAUGGCGGAAUAGCAGCGAUUGUUGUACUUGGGAGGGUAUCACGUGCAACGUCAAGUCCGGUGAAGUGAUCGAGCUAGACCUUAGUUGCAGCUACCUAGGUGGCCGGUUUCAUUCCAAUAGCAGUCUUCAAAACCUUCAUUCUCUAACCACCCUAGACCUUUCAAGAAAUCGUUUUAGUGGUCAAAUCAUGUCUUCAAUUAAAAACCUUUCUCAUAUCACCUCUCUCGACCUUUCACUUAAUCAGUUCAGCGAGUUCAUUUUUUCUUCGAUUAUAGACCUUUCGAAUCUCACCUUUCUCGAUCUUUCAUCUAAUAGUUUUUCUGGUCCGAUUCCAUCUUCAAUUGGAAACCUUUCUCAUCUCACCUAUCUUAACCUUCAUUUGAAUCAAAUUUCGGGUAAGAUUCCAUCUUCUAUUGGAAAUCUUUAUAACCUCACUUAUCUUGACCUUUCUGGGAACGAGAUUGUUGGAGAAAUCCCAUCUUCUUUUGGCAAUCUAAACCAGUUGACCAGCUUAAAUGUUGGUCUCAAUAGGCUCAAUGGAAGCUUUCCCAUUGAACUACUGAAUUUGACAAAGUUGUCAUAUUUAGGACUCUAUUACAAUCAGUUCACAGGAACAAUUCCUCAUAACAUCACUUCACUAUCCAAAUUGACGACCUUUGAUGGAAGUAACAACGCUUUCACUGGAACCCUGCCUUCUUCUCUCUUCACCAUUCCUUCUAUUGAAUAUGUUAGAUUGUCUGAUAACCGAUUCAAUGGUAUUCUUGACCUUGGGAAUAUAUCUUCACCACCUCAGCUAGGACUGUUAUACGUUGGCAAUAACAACUUGAGAGGGCCAAUCCCAGCCACGAUAUCAAAAUUUACCAACCUUGUAGAACUUCACCUUUCCAAUUACAAGACACAAGGUCCAAUUGACUUUAAUAUCUUCUCGCAUCUCAAGUGGCUCGAAGAUCUUCACCUAACCCAUUUGAACACGACCACUACCAUUGACUUGAAUGAUUUCUUGUCAUAUUUUAAGAGGCUCCGUGUGUUGGUUCUCUCAGGCAACCUUGUUUCAUUCACAAACAAGAGUCCAGUUUCAGAUCCAUCUUUGUUGCCUGAGUUGCAAUUGUCAGGCUGUGGUAUCACCGAGUUUCCGGAGUUUGCAAGAUUGAAAAAUUUGGAGAGUCUAGACAUUUCAAACAAUAAAAUCAAAGGACAAGUGCCUGGCUGGUUAUGGACGCUACCAAAUCUUACUUACCUGAAUCUUUCCAACAACACUUUCACUGGCUUCGGAAACUUAACAACAGUUUUAGUUUCAAGGCUAUCUAGCCUAAUCUUCCUUGCCUCCAACAACAAUUUUACGGGAGAGAUUCCCUCUUUCAUAUGUGAUUUGCGCUCUGUAUACAUUCUUGAUUUAUCAAACAACAACUGCAGUGGUUUAAUCCCUCGUUGUCUGGGUAAUCUCAACCGUUCUCUUGAAGUUCUAAACCUUCGUCAGAAUCGUCUUCAUGGAGGUCUUCCUGAGAAUAUAUUUGAAAGCUUAAUAACGCUUGACGUCGGUCAUAACCAACUGACGGGAAAGCUUCCAAGAACUUUGAUUCAUUUUACUAGUCUUGAAGUUUUGAAUGUGGAAAGCAACAUUAUCAAUGACACGUUUCCGUACUGGCUGAGUUAUCUACCACAACUAAAAGUUCUUGUGUUACGCUCCAACGCCUUCGCUGGACCGAUACAUCAAACUUCGUUCUCUAAGUUGCGAAUCGUCGACAUAUCGCACAAUCACUUCAAUGGAACUUUGCCAUCAGACUACUUUGUGAAGUGGAGUGCUAUGUCAUCACUUGGUACAACUUAUGAUCAGCCACAUGAAAUGUACAUGAGAGAUUACUUUUACCAAGAUUCAACGGUGUUGGUGAAUAAAGGUUUAGAGAUGGAGCUAGUACGUAUCCUGAAGAUCUACACAGCACUCGACUUUUCAGGAAACAAAUUUGAAGGAGAGAUCCCAAGGUCCAUUGGUCUAUUGAAAGAGCUUCUUGUGCUCAACUUGUCCAACAAUGCUUUCACCGGCCACAUCCCUUCAUCUAUGGGAAACCUGACAGCUCUUGAGUCACUGGACGUUUCCCAAAACCAGCUUUCAGGAGAAAUUCCGGAAGAGCUAGGGAGCCUCUCAUUCCUUUCGUACAUGAACUUCUCUCAUAACCAGCUUACAGGUCUAGUACCAGGAGGCACUCAGUUUCAAAGGCUGAACUGCACUUCCUUUGACGGUAAUCCGGGACUUUCUGGCCCUUCUCUUGACGAAAUUUGCAGAGAUAUUCACACGCCAACACCGCAUGAAACGUUGGAUUCAGAGGAAGAAGAAGAAGAGGAAGAGGUGUUGAGUUGGAUAGCAGUUGUAAUAGGAGUCAUACCUGGUUUUGCCUUUGGAUGGGUGAUUGGAUACAUACUUUUUUCCUACAAACCAGAGUGGUUCAUCAACCCUUUUGCCCGAAACAAGCGCAGAAUCAGCAGCACCACAACUCAUUAAAAAGGUCUUUUAUAAGCCUACCUGAGGAUUCUGAAAGAAGAAAUACAAAGGAACCACUAUGUCUAUCCGUAUCAAAUAAGAUUUGGGGUAUCGUUUCUGGUUUAGCUUGGUGUUUUUCUCAUUACUCUGUUUUUACUUUAUUUUUUAGCAAACUUCUUUGUUCCUCUGGUACUGUUUCUGGUUUAGCUUGGUGUGUUUUUUCUCUAUCUCUAUUUUUUUACGUUUUAGCAAACUUCUUUGUUUCUCUGUAAUUGAACAACAACUAUGUUUCUUACGCUGAAAAUUACAAGCACAGUCAAA